GCCACACGUCUCUCGGGGCGCCAUGGGAUCUGAUGCCCAAGCGAUCAGCCGAGGUGGAUGGGCCACGCGACAGCACAGAAGCUGAGGCGAGGUCAGCCACUCCUGCAGCGCAGCCAACCAAACGAGGCCGUGCCACUGCCCCAGAACACGUCACCUACCAGUUGCAGGGUGGACUGAGACAUGUGGAGCCGUAUGACUUUGACUUCACCACGCACGUCAAGCAGCGCUGGGUUGGCAGGAGCAUUCUAGAGGUUUGCGCCUGCGAAUUUGUGGCCUUUCCCCGGCACUACUACGAGGCCUCCAUCGCAGCGGGCCGCGUCACGGUGGAUGGGCGGCGCGUGCAGGCGGAGCACGUACUCCGCGACGGCGAGCUCAUUGUGCACCGUGCUGUGCGGUGCCGGGAAAACCCCGUGCUGGACCGCGGUCCGAUCCAGGUGGUUGCUGAGACAGAGGAGCUCUUGGUAGUCAGCAAGCCGAGCUCUGUGCCCAUCCACCCCUGCGGGAGCUACCGUUCUGUGGUAGUUGCUGCUGAGAAUCUUCAGGGCUUCAACUCGCUAAUCGCCAUCUUGCGCAACCAGGGCACUGUGGAGGCGAACGCGACUUUGCACACCACACACCGCUUAGAUCGCCUCACCAGCGGAUUGGUCCUCCUGGCAAAGACCAAGAGCUGUGCAAGAAGGGUUGGAGCCUGGUUUGCUGCUAAUCAGAUCAGGAAGACCUACCUGGCUCGCGUCAAAGGGCGCUUUGAUCAACUAGGCACCGAGGUGCCUGGAGUCACUCGGGUUGGGGACCGCGUGCGGGUUGAAGGCUACAUCAGCUGCGUUGACCGGAAGGUCGGAAAGUACAAAUUUGCUGCUGAAGUUGUGGAGGGCGAGGACGCCAAGGAUGCAGCGACGGAGUUUGAAGUUGUUGGAAUGGCCAACGACGAGGAGUGUGUUGUCCGGUGCUUUCCUGCAACAGGACGAACGCAUCAAAUCCGAGUUCACCUUCUGCACCUGGGCUUCCCCAUUGCCAAUGACAGUUGCUAUGGAGGGGAACUCCGAGAUGAUGGCACUUUGCCGCUGAUUCCUCACGUGCGCCAAGAGGCUCACUUGGAGGCCAGUCGUCCUGAAGAGGCUCAGGCUGCCACCAUGCACCCAAG